UGCCAAGCGGCGUGGAUGGCCUACGAGGACAAGCACACGGUUCUUAAAGAGAAAACCUUUUAAGAAAAUAACAGGUUAAGUAGUUAUAGUUAUGGCUUGUCUGCGUGCCCUGUUUAGAGUGCGGCGAUCAGGGCAGAUUCUACCUGUGCAUAAUAAAGUCCCCGUAUGUUUUAAAUACACUCAGCAUCAGGGAGUCAAAGGCAUACGCAAUCGAAAGAGCUACUAUGAGUCACUAAUGCAGGCCAAUCAGCAAAUAACGCAGGAUCCAACUUCUGCACCUAUUUCUCCCAGCGAUAUGCGUUUUCUAGACGACCGCGCUUACGACGAAGUAGCAGGCGGAGCUAUGCGAAUAAGCCGGGAUGUAGCAACUGCCCAGCAUGUCCUCAUCCUGCAGCCAUAUAUUAAGUGGACUGCCAAGCGUAGCACCACCGAUAAUGUGCGACCAGAAGAUCAAUUAGCCGAAGCUACAGCACUUAUAAACUCAUUGCCCAACUGGCAAGUGACAAGCGCCUUAAAAGUGCCGCUGGAGAAUUUGGAGCGCAAAACACUUUUUGGCAGCGGAAAACUGUUGGAGCUAAAGGAACUCAUUGCGAAUCUUCAGCGACAAGGACAGCUCACAUGCUUGUUUGUGAGCAAGGGUACACUCUCCUUUGCACAAAAACAUUUCCUUGAGUCGGAAUUUCAUUUACCCAUACUUGAUCGCUAUUCGGUGGUAAUACAAAUAUUACGCCUACAUGCAACCAGUGCGGAAGCAAAGUUGCAAGUAGCAAUGGCAGAGCUUCCGUACAUUUGGGCGCAGGCUAAAGAUGCGGGUGUGUCACAAACGCGUCGCCAGGGCUACACGCUAACUGAUCUGCAGAAGGAGAUAUUGCGCACCAGAGAGCGCAAGCUGCGCGCCGAAUUGGAACGUGUGCGUUGCCAGCGUCAGCUGCUGCGUCAAAAGCGCAAGCUGCAGAAUUAUCCAAUUGCUGCUGUGGUUGGUUAUACCAAUGCUGGUAAAACAUCACUGAUUAAAGCUCUUACUGUGGAAGAUUCGCUGCAACCACGAAAUCAACUCUUUGCAACGCUGGAUGUGACUGCGCAUGCAGGCCACCUGCCUUGCAAUUUGCAACUCAUCUAUAUGGAUACGGUGGGGUUUAUGUCAGACCUACCUACGGGCUUGUUUGAAUGCUUUGUGGCUACAAUGGAAGAUGCUAUGCUGGCAGAUGUGAUUAUACAUGUUCAAGAUUUGUCGCACCCUUGCCAUGCCGCUCAGCGCACUCAUGUGGAAUCCACAUUGCGUUCUAUGUCGUUUAAUCUAACUGAUGGCGAUGCGGAUGCAAAUCAUCUGCUAAAUAAAAAUAUUUGUGCUCAUCAUAUCUCGGCACGAGCUCAUACUGGUCUGGAGCCACUACUGAAGGACAUUGAACGUCAAAUACUGACUGUAACUGGUCGUCGUAAAAUUCAAAUGCGUGUUCCCAACGGAGGAUCUGAAAUGGCAUGGCUUUAUAAAAAUGCUGCAGUUGUGGAUACCAUAGCGGAUGCAGCGAAUCCUGAGCGUCUGCUCAUGCAGGUAGUCAUCAGUCAACGUGUCUUGGAGCAGUUUAAGCGAGAGUUUUGCUAACAUUAACCUGUGCUGUAAAUAUUUUGAUACUUUGACACUAGUCGAAUAAAUUUGUUAAUAUGUAUACUUUAUUGCACCAACUA